GGAGGGAAAAAAGCGAAGUGAUCCAUUGAACCAAAAGUCUUUGCCCUCUCCUAAUUACGUAGUGGCCCAUAUCUUUUCUCUUUUUUUUCCACUUUAAAAAAAAAAAAAAUCUUUCUUCUGUACUUGAAGACCUCUGGUUAUUGGUAAUUAGCUUGAGGAGAAUAAAACCAGCCGAUUGUGAGAGGGGUGGUGCAUUGUGGAGCGAGAUGGCUAACAGAAUGGUUCUAUCACUCCUUCAUGGUCUCUUCUACCUAUCUCUGAUUCAGCCCUCUCUUCAAGGAGGUGUGUAUGUGCCGGCUGGUGCUGGAGUCAGACCAGGAGCAGGAGGAUCUGGACCAGGUGCUGGUCUCUACCCAGGAGCUGGUGGGAUACCCGCAGGAGCAGGCUACAAACCAGCUAAAACUGGUGCUGGAGGAUAUGGAGGACGGGGUGGUGUUGGUGCUGGAGGUCUGGUCCCUGGUGGAGGGGCUGGAGGCAUAGGAGCUGGAGGCCUCGGAGGAGGAGGAGUCGGUGGAAAGGGCCCCAAACCUGGUUAUGGAAACCUUGGUGCUGGUGGUGUUGGGGGUGGUGGUCUUGGUGGUGGAGGAUAUGGAGCUGGUCCUGGAGCCACCGGUCUAGGAACAGGAAGCUUUGGAGGAGGAGGAGGAUACGCUAAGCCUGGAGCUGGUUAUGGAGGAGGCUCGCCGUAUGGCGGCUCUACUUAUGGAGGAGGUGGUGCUGGGAGCUUCUUCCCUGGAGGUGGUCUGGGACAGAAGGCAGGACCCAAACCAGGCUAUGGGGCAGGAGCUGGACUACAACCAGGCUAUGGUGCAGGUGGACUACAGCCAGGCUAUGGCGGUGGUGGAUUACAGCCAGGUUUAGGGGGACCUGGAGGCGCAGGAACAGGAGCUGCAGUGCCUGCAGGAGCACCUGUUAUUCCCCAGACUGGACUACCUGGAGGUGGGCUGGGACCUGGUGCCGGAAAAGGAAAGGCUCCAAAAGGAGGAGUGCCAGGUGUGGGGGUGCCUGGACUUUACCAAGGUGGCCAGGUGCCAGGACAAGGGUUUGGUGGUCGUGGAGUGCUGCCUGGUGUGGCCACUGGGAACGGACUCAAUCCCAAAUCAUUGCCAGGUGGAGGACAACAGGGACCAGGAGGCUCAGGUCGUGUUGGUUACGGAGGACCAAUGCAGCCAGGAGUAUUCCAUGGAUACCCACUCAAAACUCCCAAAACACAAGGUGGCUAUGGAGCGAAAGCUGGCGGAGCUGGAGGCAAACUUCCAUUUGGAUACGGGGGCUUUGGUGGUGGUGGUGGAGCAGGCCUUCCUGGGGGAAAAGGAGGUCCUGGAUCCAAGCCUGGAUACCCCAUUGGAACUGGUGUGGGGACAGGAGGUCUUAACCCGGCCCAGGCUCAAGCUAAAGCUGCUAAAUAUGGUGCUGGUUUGGGUGGUGUGCCUGGUGCAGGUGGAGCCUACCCUGGAGCAGGAGGAGCUUACCCUGGAGGAUAUAAUCCUGCUGCAGCCAAAGCUGCUAAAUAUGGAGUCCCAGGAGGUGCAGGAGGCGUCCCAGGUCUUGGAUCAGUAGCAGGAGGAGCAGGAGGAGUACCUGGAGGGGUACCCGGAGGAACUGGAGGAUAUAACCCUGCUGCGGCCAAAGCUGCUAAAUAUGGAGUUCCAGGGGGUGCAGGAGCAGGCCUAGGAGCUGGAGGACUUGGAGGAGUACCAGGAGGGGUACUAGGAGCUGGAGGACUUGGAGGAGUACCAGGAGGGGGAGGUGUACCUGGGGCUGGAGGAUAUAAUCCUGCAGCGGCCAAAGCAGCUAAAUAUGGACUCCCUGGAGGAGGUGCAGGCGGUCUUCCAGGUGCUGGAUCAGUUGCAGGAGGAGUAGGAGGAGUACCAGGAGCUGGGGCUGGAGGAUAUAAUCCUGCUGCGGCCAAAGCCGCUAAAUAUGGAGUUCCAGGGGGAACAGGCGCAGGGUUAGGGGGAGCUGGAGGCUAUGGAGCGGGAGCCAGGCCUCCCUAUUAUGGUGUUCCAGGGGGUGCUGGAUUUGGGGGAGCAGGGACUUUUCCAGGGGCUGGAGGAUACAACCCUGCCACCAAAGCUGCUAAAUAUGGAAUACCAGGAGGUGCAGGAGCAGGCCUAGGAGCUGGAGGACUUGGAGGAGCAGGAGGGGGGGGACCAGGGGCUGGGGGUGGAGGAUACAAUCCUGCUGCCGCUGCCAAAGCUGCUAAGUACGGGGUCCCAGGAGGUGCAGGGGCAGGCCUAGGAGCUGGAGGUCUUGGAGGAACAGGAGGGGUACCAGCAGGAGGAGCUGGGGCUGGAGGGUAUAAUCCUGCUGCUGCCAAAGCUGCUAAAUAUGGAGUCCCCGGAGGUGCAGGAGCAGGAGGAGUACCUGGAGGAGGAGCAGGGGGUGUACCUGGGGCUUUAGGAUAUAAUCCCGCUGCAGCCAAAGCUGCUAAAUAUGGAGUUCCAGGAGGUGCAGGAGCAGGUCUAGGAGCUGGAGGACUUGGAGGAGGGGGGGGUGUACCUUGGGCUGGAGGAUAUAAUCCCGCUGCAGCCAAAGCUGCUAAAUAUGGAGUUCAAGGAGGUGUAGGAACAGGCCUGGGAGCAGGAGGACUUGGAGGAGCAGGAGGAAUACAGGGAGUACCUGGAGGAGGAGCAGGGGUUGUCCCUGGGGCUGGAGGAUAUAAUCCUGCUGCAGCCAAAGCUGCUAAAUAUGGUCAGGGGGCUGCUGGUGGGCCAGGGGGUGGAUAUGGGGGUGUGCCUGCUGGAGGAUAUCCCAGGCCUGGGAGCUAUGGGGGAUAUGGAGGGGCAGCAGGAGGGGCAGCAGGAGGGGCAGGAGCAGGAGGAUAUAAUCCUGCUGCUGCCAAAGCUGCUAAAUAUGGAGCUGGAGUAGCCGGCCUAGGAGCUGGAGUAGCCGGCCUAGGAGGAGCAGGAGGAGGGCCAGGGACUGGGGCUGGACCAGGAUAUGGAGGCUAUGGAGGAUAUGGAGGGGUACCAGCAGGAGGGGCUGCCGCUGCUGCCAAAGCUGCUAAAUAUGGAGUUCCAGGAGGAGCUGGCGUGGCCGGGAGAGCAGGAGGGGUACCCGGGGCUGGAUAUGGAGGACAUAAUCCUGCUGCGGCCAAAGCUGCUAAAUAUGGAGUUCCAGGAGGUGCAGGAGCAGGCCUAGGAGCUGGAGGACUUGGAGGAGCAGGAGGAGGGGUACCAGGGGCUGGAGGACUUGGAGGAGCAGGAGGAGGGGUACCAGGGGCUGGAGGAUAUAACCCUGCUGCGGCCAAAGCUGCUAAAUAUGGAGUCCCCGGAGGUGCAGGAGCAGGAAUAGGAGCAGGAGGAUUACCAGGAGGAGGAUUACCAGGAGGAGGAGGAGGGGGUGUAACUGGGGCUGGUGGAUAUAAUCCCGCUGCAGCCAAAGCUGCUAAAUAUGGAGUCUCAGGAGGUGUAGGAACAGGCUUGGGAGCAGGAGGAGUACAGGGUGGAGUAGGAGCUGGAGGAUAUGAUCCCGCGGCCAAAGCUGCUAAAUAUGGUAAGCCAAACGGGGUGGGCAUCGGUGGAGAAGGUGUGCCAGCGCCAGCAGCGACUCCAAGUCCAGGUGUGGGCGUGGGUGGUGGUGUUGGAGGAACUGCCAUUGAGCGCACUGACUUACCAGUGGGCACAGGGAUACCUAUCGCAGGCAAACCAGAUCCCACACCUAUUGGCACACAGGCCACAGAGGCCCCAGAGCCAGAGCCCAGUGCCACAGGAUUACCAGGAGUUGGUGCUGGGGUUCUUCAACCUAGUGCUGGUACAGGCCCAGCUCAGCCUGGUGUGGGUGUCGGAGCAGGUGGCAAAGCUCCUAAACCGCCUGGUGCAGGGGGAUACCCGUAUGGUGGUUAUGGACAGGCAGGACGACUCCCGUAUGGUCAUGGACAGGGUGCAGGUGGAUAUCCCUAUGGAGGAGGCUAUGGAACUCCAUACGGAGCAGGAGCUGGACAACUUCCUGGAGCCAAGCCCCUGAAACCUCCAGUUGUGGGAGGAGCAGGCGGUGUGGCUGGAGGAGCAGGUAUUCCUCUUACUGGAGCCGGUGGUGGUGUAGGGGGAUACCCGUAUGGUUAUGGUCAAGGUGGUUAUGGACAGGGACAGGGUGCGAGGUAUCCUGCUGGUGUUGGUCUGGGAACAGGGGCAGGAGCAGGUCAAAAAGCACCCAAACCCCCAGGUUAUGGUAACCUGGGUGCUGGUGGUGCUGGUUAUAAUCCAGGUGCUGGUGCGGUCCCAAAUUACGGAGGUGGCUACCCACAACAACGGGGCUACCCACAGCAAGGUGGCGGCUACCCACAGCAAGCCUACCCGGGGGUAUAUGGAGCAGGCCAGACGGCACCACUGACUCCUCAACAAGCCAAAGCAGCCAAGUAUGGCCCACUCCAGAGCUUCCUUGGUGGAGCAGGAGGAGGAGGCUACAGACCAGGAGGAGUUGCUGCUGGAUGCCAAAGCAAAUACUGUGGAAGGCGGAAGUAGAGGAUGUUCUUGAGAAGAAGUUGAAUUUCAAGAAACAAUGGUGCUACUGCAUUAUCUCGAAUGUACAUUUUAUAUGCACAAAAUCCCCCAUUACAGUAUGUAAAGAUAUGUUGUACUUUAUUUGAUAUUUUUUAUACAAACCCACCGACCCAGACUUUUGCACACAUUUGAUGUGACUUGGUGUUAUUGAUUGUGCCUUUAUCGUUACAGUGGUCAUGGUGCUCAUCAUCUCUUACUGACAUGCCUGCGAUGCUCCCCUUUUAGUAGCUAUACUCAGUAGUUGUGUGUGCGGGCGUGUUUGUGUGGAUGUUUGCCUAUGUGGCUGUGUGUAUGUGGGCGCUUGCACAUGUUGCCAUAGAUGUGUGCGUGUUUGGGUAGAUAGGAGAAUGUGAAAGAUUCUCCAGCCAUAGAAGCACCAGUUCUGUGACAGUACAUCCCUCUACUGCAGUAUCCCCAAUUGCUUAGUGUCUGUGUGUACCAAAGUUGGAGAUCUUCACAUACUGACACGUCAAACUAAGGGUUGAGCUUCAAGAGGUGUGGUUGGUAAAGUGCUGAUAAACUUUGGCCAUGUAUCAGAACUGCCUCCUCUGGCUUUCUAUCAUCUCUGCUGCUAUUUAUAGCCCUGGGUGAAAUAGCAGUGGCAUAGCGGGUGUGUGUGGGCACAGGUUUCACAGUCCAUCUGCCAUCAGUAACUAUUUUAAGUGCCAUGGUUUAAGUAGCCUAUCUUCAGCCUUCUUACCUUGAUUUCCGCCAAACUUGUGAAGUAUGAAGAGCAGGUUUUGCUCUGAAUGUGGGAAAGCUGAUGACAAUCAAUCCAAAGGUGUUCAAAAGAUUUUUAGGUGACCUUUAGUGAUAUUCAUAUCAUACAUUGUGUCGGUUUGUACCAAUCAUUUGAAAUGCGGUGUGUUUUGUUUCUUAAAUGAUUUGUAUGUUUUUAGUUUUUAGAAAUGCAGGUUUUACAAAAAUGUAAAAGUAAAAUUCAAAUCCUUUCGAUACUGCUCUGGCAUGUAUUGUACAUUAUGUAUGUAUGACAUGAACAUUUUGUUUUCUUAAUUAUGUAUAAUUUUUCUGGUGUCCAAGAUUAAGUGCCUAGAAUGUUAUGCAUAUUUGGAAUCAUUCUAGUUUCACAUGCAGUUAUAGUUUAAUUUAUGCAAAUUGCCUCUCAUUAUUCAAGUUUCAAAUGUUUCUGGUCAGAAAAGUAGACUAUCUCCAGAUUUGUGUAAUCUAGAAUAAGGCAACUAACUGUAUGUUGUAGUAAUAGCCCUAGGUUAUCAUGACUCUCACUCUCUUCAGUUCUUGUAGCCUACUCCGUGAUGGUUUUUAUGAACUGUGUGAGCCGCACCUGUCAGGGGCCGCUGCCCUGUGCCGUGGGAUAGUAUUCAUCUGAUUUAAACAGAAACAAAUAAGGAAUUAUGGGGUUUUGUACUUUUUCAUUUUCACAGCACAUUUGACUUGUGCCCAGCAAUACCGACCUUUUAUUUGCUUCAGUAAAAAACGAAAUAAAAUUGUUUUAAUGAAUACA